AGGUUAAUAAUAACUGAAAGGGGCUUCGCGCAGUGCACGCGGACCCAAGGCUAUAUAUAUGUGUGUAGCAUAAUGUUUAUGCAACAGAUCAAUGAAGCCUCCUACAGCAUCUGUAUUAAAUAAGCAACAUGAGGUUUUGACGGUUAUUUUCAACCAACACCUUGUUACAGGCCUGCACAUCCGUUUACCAACCCCGAAAUAGCUUCGUUAGUUGUUAUUUUGUGAGUUUUAGUGUCAACUAGUCCGUUGCUGAAGAUGUCGGACGUGUUGUUGAUGUUGAUGUUUAUCUCUUCCGUGGUCACAGUGAUCGUGUCCACAGAUUGCUACCAGUGCACGUACAACUCAUGGGCGGAAGACCAGAACCUCUGUUUGGACCCGUUCAGACCCGGCCCGGGGGAGGUUACCCAAGCGACCUGUGAUGGAAUGUGCACGAAAUCGAUUUUUACAAGAAACGGCGACAUCACAUUCAUGGCCCGGUCGUGCAUUCCCUACGCCGACACCACAGACAUAUGUAUCCAUGGAUGUUUUGAGCUGGUUCGUGACGACGCUCGUAGGUCAUGCGUCUGGUGCUGUGACGACCUGGACUUCUGCAACAGCGCCGACUCAGUGACCUUUAGCCAUCUACUCUGCGCAUGCGUGUUGUUAGCGUGUCUUGUCACGUGGUUAGCUGGUUAGCUUCGAAUUUAUGAUUGUAAUAUUUAUAAUAGGUUUACAAAUUGAGUUUGAGGUUGAAAUCAUCAUUCAUCAGUUACACAAGCCGCAAGAAUAUUGACGGAGGAAAGAGUUAACAAAAAUGAACUACCCUACCUAAAAGUUCUAAAAGGUUUAAAAGUUUUGGCGAGAGACUCUCGCGAGAGUUGUUUUUGUAACAAA